GGCGGGCCAGGAUGGGUAUAUAAGUACUGGCGGAGCGUCGGUUGUAGCACUCUACGCGCCUGCUCCUCUGUCCCUCUGUUUAUUCUGUUGCCUGCUCCGCCGACGCCAUGAGGGAGAUCGUGCACCUGCAGGCCGGGCAGUGCGGCAACCAGAUUGGCGCCAAGUUCUGGGAGGUAAUCAGCGACGAGCAUGGCAUCGAUCCUACCGGCACGUACCAUGGGGAUAGCGACCUCCAGCUGGAGCGCAUUAACGUGUACUACAACGAAGCUACUGGUGGCAAGUACGUGCCUCGCGCGGUGCUCGUGGACCUGGAGCCCGGCACCAUGGACUCGGUGCGCUCGGGGCCCUUCGGACAGAUCUUCCGGCCCGACAACUUCGUUUUCGGUCAGAGUGGUGCUGGGAACAACUGGGCCAAGGGGCACUACACAGAAGGCGCAGAGCUGGUGGAUUCAGUGCUGGACGUUGUGAGGAAGGAGGCAGAGAGCUGUGAUUGCCUGCAGGGUUUUCAGCUGACCCACUCCCUGGGUGGGGGGACUGGGUCUGGGAUGGGUACUCUCCUCAUCAGCAAGAUCCGGGAGGAGUACCCAGACAGAAUCAUGAACACCUUCAGCGUGGUGCCCUCCCCCAAGGUGUCGGACACAGUGGUUGAGCCCUACAACGCCACCCUCUCAGUCCACCAGCUUGUAGAAAAUACAGAUGAGACCUAUUGCAUUGAUAAUGAAGCCCUCUAUGACAUCUGCUUCAGAACCCUAAAGCUGACCACACCCACUUACGGUGAUCUGAAUCACCUGGUGUCCGCCACCAUGAGUGGGGUCACCACCUGCCUGAGAUUCCCUGGCCAGCUCAAUGCUGACCUGCGGAAGCUGGCUGUGAACAUGGUGCCCUUCCCCCGCCUACACUUCUUCAUGCCUGGCUUUGCUCCCCUGACCAGCCGGGGCAGCCAGCAGUACCGGGCCCUAACAGUACCUGAGCUCACCCAGCAAAUGUUUGAUGCCAAGAACAUGAUGGCUGCCUGCGACCCCCGCCACGGCCGCUACCUGACGGUGGCUGCUGUGUUCAGGGGCCGCAUGUCCAUGAAGGAGGUGGACGAACAGAUGCUUAACGUCCAAAACAAGAACAGCAGCUAUUUUGUUGAGUGGAUCCCCAACAAUGUGAAAACAGCUGUCUGUGACAUUCCGCCUCGAGGGCUAAAAAUGUCCGCCACCUUCAUCGGCAACAGCACGGCCAUCCAGGAGCUGUUCAAGCGCAUCUCGGAGCAGUUCACGGCCAUGUUCCGGCGCAAGGCUUUCCUGCACUGGUACACUGGUGAGGGCAUGGACGAGAUGGAGUUCACUGAGGCGGAGAGCAACAUGAACGACCUGGUAUCUGAGUACCAGCAGUACCAGGACGCCACCGCUGAGGAGGAGGGCGAGUUUGAGGAGGAGGCUGAGGAGGAGGUGGCCUAGAAUUGUCUUUAGCGGCUAAAAGGUGUGGGAGCAGUGUGAACGCUUUAUUCACUCACAGCCUGUCUGCUAGCCUUGUCCACUGUGCUCUUGCUGUUCUGUCUUGACAUCAUGUGUUGUACAGACACCAUUAAAGCAUUUUCAUAG